UCCGCAAAGGCUAGAAUAGGUGCUCUACAAACUCUAGAGCUCGUGGAACGUGAUUUGGGGCAAUCACUAAGAUUCUGGGCAACAAAGACAGACUUCAAAGUGCUGCGAAGCUUGAAAGCACAUUCCUAUCUGCGGACCUCCGAUUUCCGCUGGCUGGCAGAGAACUGUCAAUUUACGUCUCUGCAAACUCUAGUGAUUCGCCUUGCAGCGGACGACGAUGGAGAGGAGUCUAUCAUCGAGAUGGAAGACGCGGUAACAGACCUUUUGUCAUCCUUACCUCCACUUCGAUAUGUGAAGCUGACGGGCCAAUACACCCAACGCGUUGUCGACACUGUACUGGAUUGUUGCGGUCGGAAUCUACGACAGCUUCUUCUGGGCUCGCCCUGUGACCUCACUCUUGGUGUCUUCGCCUCUAUAUCACUUUCCCACACGAUACGUGAUAAGUGUCCACUCAUAGAGGAGCUUGCUCUGCCUAUGAUGCGAUCCAAGGGUAGUGCGGGCGAGGUCGCUAUAUACCGAAGCUUAGGCAAGAUCACCUCAGUCCGCAAGCUACGUCUCUUCAUAUACUGCUCUCAGCCUUUUCUCUGGGGGGAAGAUCAGCCCAUGAGUCUUGAUUAUCGUUUAGAAAACGGCGAGGAGGAUUUGGCAGAUCAAGUGUAUCAUGCCGCGAUGGAUCUAGCGAUCGACGACACGCUUGCCGCUUCCAUUCUUGAAGCUAUAGUCACCGGUAGAGGAUCGACACCUUCAAGCUUGGAUUCUUUGGACAUACGUGUUCAUGCUCUUAAAGGCCUUGGCUCAUUUGGGUCUGCGUCUGACAUUAUCCAGAUGCUCCAGUACAUCGGACGCUCAUGGACUUGUACACGCAAGUUUGGCGGCAAUUUCAUCCAUCAGUAUCAUGUCGCGGAACAUGACCCAAUGGACAAGUUUCGGAGGGGAAAUAUGGAUAUCUUGGACGAAGAAAUAGAGAUGCUGAUCAAAGAGCCCAUGUUCCGUGUCUGGCCAGAAGGCAGUAGAGAGGGCUGGGAGAAGGUCUGGCACAGCUUCCCCUUGGGAACGCUUGUUUCCGCAUAG